AUGCCCCGCCCUAUAUCUGUUAAUGAAUUCCGAGAGCUUUUCGAGCGCUGCACGCCUCCAAGGGGCUGGCCCAAGAAGCUAGCCGUCGCGAACUCAGGCGGUCCUGAUUCGACAUGUCUGUUGUUUCUCAUAAGGCGAUUGCUGCAAGAAGUCGCAGGAAACAAGUGCCCUGAGUCCGUAGUGUCUCUAACUGUGGACCAUCGACUGCAGAAGAUCUCAUCCGCUAUGGCGGAGCAUUGUCGUAUGACUGCGGCGACGUUAGGCGUAGAACAUAUAAUGAUGCAUAUCCCCUGGUCCGAGCCUCCGUUUCCCCCAUUGCCCACGCGUUCUUUCGAGAAAAUAGCUCGAGACGCUCGCUACCAUGUUUUAUUUCAAGCUAUGACUCACUCGGGGUCAGAGGCGAUUGCUUUUGGACAUCACGCCGAUGACCAGGUUGAGACAGCUCUCCUGCGGUCUGCUAUGGGCACUACGGAGUUCGGUGCCGCCGGAAUGAGGCCCUGUCGCAGGUGGGGCAUGGGUUUCGGCGACGGUGAAGGCGCACUAGGUUGGGCUGGUGGCGAAGGAAUGCGGAGAUGGGUUGUGCGUCCUUUGCUAACUGUUCCGAAGGCGAGUAACCAUAGCAGGAUUCUUGCAACCUGCAACGAGAAUGCGCUGGAGUAUGUCACAGACCCAACCAAUUUUCAACCUGAAGUCACCAUUCGAAAUGCCAUACGCCAGUCUCUGGCCCAACAAUCGCCACAGGAAAGCUCAGGGAAAUUGGCCUCUCCUUCUAGCAACCGAUCCCUCGCUACUCAGGACUCAGUAGCAAACGAAGAUCUUCGACUGUCCGCUGCAUUUUCGCUACGCCAGGGUUUGGAACAUAUGUAUACAGCGGUAGAACUGCUUUCCAACAAGAGAGAGCUUAUAGAUAGCAUCGUGACGCAGAAGCUCCAAUACUGUAGGCGUGAGUCCCCGCCUUCGACGGUCCUCCUCGCAGUUCCUCCUCUCCAUACAGUGGAGGACCCAUCGGUCCAGCGUGCUUUGGUACUCCGCGUUCUCCGAUAUGUAUCCUUUUAUCCCUGGGGGUCUCUCCGCGCGGAAGCGCACAGACGAAGUGCCAGCCUCAGCAGGAUUGUCGAUAGCCUGUGGUGCCUAAGCCCACAGCGAAGAAGUUUUGUGGGAGGAGGCGGAGUUCUCUGGACACCGGUCACCCUAACAAAAGGUGGUUACAUCAAGAUGGAACAGAAGAGCGUCCCGCAGAAAGUACAGGAUGCCUCUCUAGCCUGGAUUGCAUCCCGACAACCACCCCUUGCCAAGUCGCUCACCUACUUGGACGCUGGUGCUCGAAAGGGUCCUCUGCACGUCGACUUGACCCAUUUGAUUCACACAAGGACUGGUGAUGCGGAAAAGAUAGAACUCCUCUGGGACUGCCGUUUCUUGCUGCAGAUCAAUCUGAACAGGCUCACAGCCAUCAAACAACAGUUACAGUCGAGUACGAGUUCUCAAGACUAUCGUCUUAUUGUAGAGCCCGAGACACGGUGGUAUCUCCCUCGGGUUAUGUUGUACUGGAACGACCGAUCGUUGGUACUGGCCAGGCCCAAACGCUUGUAUUCGGCAGAUACACAUGCCCUAAAACCCUGCUCGGAGCACAGGCUAACUAUUCGUGAAGAUAACGCUAUUACCAUCGAGGAGGCUCGCGUCCUAGAUGCCCUAUGAUUGCUCUUACUCCAGGCCGCUUAAAAUGAAUCACC